CAGAGUGUAGUCCGGAAAAGCUUGCUGCCAAGACGAAGUUCGAGUUGUACGUUAGUGUUUUUGUAGCGAUCGUGAUCGGUAUCGUUCAGCGGUAUCGCAGUGACGGUACAGUGAAACCAUAACAAAGUGCAACAGACAAAAUAAUAAUAAAAUUCGACAUUCCCGGCUGUGUUUGUGUAUGUGUGUGUGCGUUUGAAGUGGGGAAGGAAAAUUGUCACUGAAAAAACCGCCGUUUGACAACGGUUGGAAAAUUAUUGUCCCCAUUCCUGGCGUGUGCGCUGCGACGAUUGCGUUCCCGUGCCAGUUUGCGUUCGGGUUGAGCUGCUGCAGUUGAUGACUGUGUUGAAGUUGCUGAGCUACCGGUCGUGCAGUGAUUACGGCUCAUUUGAUCGAGGGCAGAGCAGAAUCGGCUUUCAGUAGAAUCAUCGACAACCAGGUUUGAUCGCCGGUGGGUGCUAUAGUAGUCGUUCGGAGCAAAGAUUUGAAUGACGAAGAGUGUGCGAUAAGGCACACACACACACUGUACAUUCCCUCCCGCUUCUAACGGAACCGGCCAAUGCUGACAACGAAAGCCAAGAUGAAACUGUUGAGGUCAAGCCUUGUCGAGUGUAGCAGUGGUCAUCUGGUGGCGGUACUCUUUACGGUGUUGCUGCCAUUGGUUCGGGCACAGGAUUAUGAUGUGACGGACAUACAGUGUUCCUUCGCCUCGCAAGGCUCCAACCUGGGCGACAUUAUAACGGCAAAGCUGAAGAAACCGAUCGGCUUCAAGGGUGCACCACUGUUCGCGGACGAUCGAGGUGUGAAUCCGGAAACUGAUUUUGCCUGCUCCAUCAAGCAAGAUCGUAAAGAUGUGAGCGAGCUUGCGUACGAUUUGAAGAUUACCGAUUUCUCACGGUGCGGUGUGCUGAAACGAAAUGGGUUCGUGCACGUCCGCAUCUGGUUUCCGCAAUUUCCCUCGGUUGUAAUGCAAUCCGAUCAGGAGCUGAUCAUCAUGUGUAAACCGCCGGAACCGACCGUUAUCCAGAACAAGGCGGCCGGGUUCGCGGGAAGUUUUCCUCACGGUGCACGUGUUUCCGGCGUGGUCGAGGAGACUCCUGGACGGCUAGAAUACGAAGUGGCACUGUACAAGGAAGCACCACCGAUCGCACGGAUUAGCGGUAAUCUGGCAGGAUUGAAGAACCAUUCGUCGUCCUCGCUACCGGCCGUAACGAACAACGAGGUGCCGGUCGAUCAGGCGGUACCGAUUGGGACGAAGCUACAGUUACGGGCCCGCAUCAGCUCGCAGAGUGUGUGGAAGUAUGUGAAGCUGAUGGAGGUAACGGUAUCGCCCGAUCCGGACGAUCCGCAUGCGCAAGGAUCGGUUUCGUUGGUUCGCGAUGGCUGUCGGAACCGUGACUUUGCGUCGAUCAUUCCCCAUCAGCCGGCACGGUAUCGUGAUAAGCCGAACGAAGUGUUUCUCGACUUUGAAGCAUUCCUGCUGAGCUCCAUGAAGGAACGGAGUACGCUGUGGAUUCAUUCGCAGAUUAAGGCGUGUAUGGAUGCGAUGGACUGUCAGCCCGAUUUCUGUCUCGAUAUGUAUGAACCCUCGAAGCGACUUGGCAGAAGGCGGCGUGAUGAGCAAUCGCGGAACCGUACGGAAUAUACCAAGUUUAAGGAAAACAUCGAAUAUACUGUCAUUAUGCCGGGCGAAUAUGACGAUGCGAUGCGCUACCAACAGAACCCCGAGCAGUGUAAAAACUUUGUCGUUAUAUCUGGCUUACUAGCUGCACUGUUGGCACUUUCCACCGUGAUAACAUGUGGACUAGCGACACGCAUGCAAGGCAGCGGUAAAAAGAGUAUCGACGAGCUCAACGCCAAAGGAUACUCCGGCCGGGCGAUUGUGCAGUGACUUGUGGCACCACUUCGAUACACAUCGAUGCUUCUCUUGCGCACAUGUAGGAUUGUGUAGGACCCCUAUUGUUACGUAGCGUAACAACACGUCACCAAACGAAAGCUUAAUCAAAGAUACGCAUGGAACCCGAGUUGCAAUAUUUAGUAUCACUAUUUGCCUUUUUUUUUGUUUUGCUUCCACUUAGUGACUUAGUUAAUUUCGCUAGUAGCGUUUAGUGCUUAGAGAUAGAAAAACAGACGAAUCAAUAUCUGUAAUCAAGAGCUGCUAGCUGCUGCUCUUAUAAGAGACGAUUGAUUGCUUAAGCCUGAUUUUUAAAUCCACUCCGCUUCGAUCCCCGCAACGAAACGGUGCCCUUUUAAAGGUUAGGCUUACCAUAAGUCGAACAAAGUAGUAUUACGACAAUUUAGAUUGCAUUUCACGAAUAGUAUUAGAACCGUUUUACUACUGGAAUAGACACGCUGACGAGGUAUUUAUUGUGCAUUUACGCGCGUAGCGGAUGAUUUAGUUCUAUUGAAUCAUCCUGAAUAGGAAUGGUGGUCGAAUCGAUGAAAAUUUGUCGUUAUUUGAUAAGAUUCUACCCAGUGGUCGGUAC